AUGUAUGAGAUGGCGGAGGAAGACUGGAAGAGCGCGCAGACGAAAGGAGAGGAGAGGAGUCAAGGUUCCGCCGGAGCUCAUAUAGAGCGCCAAGCACAUGGAGUUCUGGUCCGUGCAUUCUUAGCAGGUUCUCUCAAAAACACGCCAUUCGCGUCUAGCGGCCCGGAGCAACAGGAUCCAGACUCGCCGCCAGUAGGCCAGGGCUCGUGGCAACGCAUGCUCGUAAGCCAGCCUCCAGUUCGAAGCUUGGGAUAUUAUUACUACUGGUACACAAUACGCUGUUCCUGUGGAGAGAAGCAGUAUCGGGGGUACGACGGGCUUGUCCACGAUAGGGUCACGCUGCAUCAUGAUAUGACUGCAGGAGAUGCACAGCGCAUGAUAUCUGCGAACUGCACUCGUCGAUCAGGAGCUAGAGGGAUGGUAGUGGAAGUUGAAGAGAGCCUGAUUCGAAAUGCUGUCAAUGGUAGUUUGGAAGGAGAGGAGGGAGUGGUCAGCAUUCAGGCAUUCAGGCCGCAGCGCAAGCCAGACGGGCCGCCUCUUUUCGCCUCCACUGAACCUUGA